AUGGAUCUAUCUCGGGGUAGCGCAACCCCGAGUGGACCCCUAACGCUUCAAACAACUACCCAGCGUAUUCGAGUCAAUCCAGACAGAACUGCCUUGGUCAUAAUCGACAUGCAAAACUUUUUCCUGUCUCCUGCUCUUCGUCCACGAGUUGGCAAUAAGACCUCACCAGGGGCAGCUGCAGCCCGAGCACUCCAAAGCUUAGCAAUACCAGCUGCCCGAGCACAAGGUAUACAGAUCAUAUGGCUAUCUUGGGGCCUUACCGAGUAUGAUUUGAGUACUAUGCCACCUGGGGUCAUGUGCACAUUCGGCAACUACGAUGCCAAAGUGAGAGAUGUUUAUCAUAAAGGAGCAAACGAUACUGCCCUAGCCUCUGUACCGAACAUGAUUCGAAUCAAGGACCCCGCCCUUUACAAGAGCCUGGGCACCGAUCUUGGGCCUGUUGAACUAGAGGACAAAACAAUCAUACAAGCCGGCCGACAAUUGAUGCGUGGCACUUGGAAUGCUGCUCUUUAUGGGCCCUUAGACAAAGAAUACAGGGCGAACACGUCUGACUCGGUUAUUGACAAGGCCAAAAAACCGGAUGUUUUGAUUUACAAGAAUCGUACGUCCGGACUUUGCCUGCCAGAGUCGGAACUGGAAGACUUUCUGAAACAAAGAGGGAUAACGACCCUUCUCUUUGCGGGAGUAAAUACUGAUCAGUGUGUUGGUGGGACAUUGAUGGACGCUUUCAGCAAGGGAUAUGAUUGCAUCUUGUUGCGUGAUGGUACAGCGACCACCACAGGCUUUGGCGCAAGUGAUGUUUGGGAGUGGAAUAUAUGCAAUUGCUGGGGUUUUGUCACAACUUGCGAGGCUCUAAAGAGUGCGUCAAAAUCUGAUCGCAUAUAG